UUGAUAUUAUUUGUAUUAUGUGUUCAAAAUGGUAUUGAAUACAGUGCUGAUGGCCGUGUCCUCCUUCGUGCUCCGGAUAAUUUUAACGGUGAUAUUGUUGUUCCACAAGAAGUUGUCACUAUUGGUACCAGUUCCGAACUUGUUGGCAGUCCUUUCUUUAAAUGUAAAGAUAAUUUGCGAUCUCUGUCUUUCUUCCCUUCAUCGCAAGUUCAGAACAUCUGCAGUUUCUGUUUCAGUGAAUCUUCGUUAGAGAGUGUUGACAUGCAAUACUGCACCUUAUUGACAGUUCUCAACAAUUCUGUAUUUAAACUCUGUAAUAAGCUUCAAACCAUAACUCUUCCACCAAAUAUCGUUGAAAUAAAAAGCGGUUGUUUUAAUUCUGCUUCUUUGACUUCGAUUUCCAUUCCUGAUUCUUUGGAAAUAAUUGGUGACUGGUCAUCAAAAGAUGGAGGUGUCUUUGCAAAGUGUGUUUCCUCAAUAUCGAUUAAUCCUUCAUCUAACCUGAAGAAGUUUGGAGGUGAUGCUUUUGCUGAUUCAAAAUUUACUUCAAUUUACAUCCCAAAAAAUGUCACAAUAAUGAGUGCAUCAUGUUUUGUUAAUGUUCCACUAGAAACAAUAGGAAUUCAUCCAGAGAAUAAUAAUUUCAAAAUUGAUGGAUUAUCUAUAUUUAGCGGAAUCAAUAACAACACAUUAGUAUAUGUGUCGAAGCAAUUCACCGGAGAAUAUAUUGUUCCGAGCUUUGUGACUAAGAUUGGAAAUCAAGCCUUCAGAAAUGGUCAGAUCACGAGAGUUAUAAUUCACAGUGAAGUUACUUCCAUAGGUUCAUGGUGUUUCGGAGCAUCAAAUCUUGUUAAUAUUGUUCUUCCUGAAAAAGUUGUGAUAUUAGCUUCAAGUAUUUUUUAUAAUUGUCUGAAAUUACAAAGCGUGAAAUUUUCCAGUUCUCUGACAAAUAUAUCUGCAAGUGCUUUCUAUGGAUGCAGUUCUCUGACAAGUAUCGUAUUCCCUCCAACACUGGUCGGAAUUGGUGAGUCUGCGUUCUAUGGUUGUACAAAUAUCGAUAUCGAUUCAAGUCAAAAUACAAACUUCUAUUAUGGCAAUCAGAUGCUUCUCACCAAUCAAAAGACAACAAUCUCAGAGUUCUUUGGUGAUGAUUCUAAUCUUGAAAUCACAGCACCUGUUGGAACGACGACUAUCGGUUCUCGUACAUUCAUGAGCAAGCAUCUCAAGACUAUCCAGUUCCAAGGCAACACACUUACUCGUGUUGGUGACUCAUGUUUUGCAUCAUCUACACUUCAAAGCAUCUCAUUCCCCGACAGUUUGA